AUGGGCUACCCUGUCGACUUUCUGGAAGAUGACCCCGAGGGGCUCCGGGAAGCAGCUGUGGCUUACCAGGCCUCCCUCCAGAAGGCAGUGGGUUCCCCUGCGGAGCUUAUCACUCUCCCUACAGGGGAGCAGGUUAAACUGGAGGCUUCAUCUGUUUGCUUCUGCAGCGUGUACCGUGACGAGCCUCGGCAUAAAGUAUUGGUCUUGGUCCGUCCCUGGGACACAAAGACAGUUGUGGCCGUUUACAUAAAGGCGUCCUGGUGGGCUACUGAAGAUGUGCUGAGAACCUGUGACCCUGCAAGACAAGGUCUGAUGAAGGUUCAGUCAUUUGGAGAAAGGAUUGUGCUUUUCAUUCUAAACGUCGUUAUUUUUGGAAGAUUGGAGAGAAAUUUGGAUGAUGAUGACAUGUUUUUUUUACCUCACUCUGUGAAGGAGCAGGCUAAAAUUCUGUGGAAAGAUGGAGCAGCUGUUGGAUUUUACACGACCAAAAUGAAAGGCAGCCUGUGUGGCGACGGCACAGGUGCGUGCUACCUGCUGCCGGUCUUCGAUACCGUGUUUGUCAGAAGGAGCCACCGCCGCCGAGGCCUGGGCCUGGCCAUGCUGCAGGACUUCUGCCAGACCUUCCGGGAGGAAGAGGCCCUGGGGGUCAGUUGCCCGAUUUCUCCUGCCAUGUUCCAAGUCUGCAGGAAGUUCCUGUUGGCCCAUCCAGAGGAGCAGGGGCGCCUGUGGGAGGUGGAGCCCCCCGGAGCCUGGGGCCAGCGAGGCAACAUCUGGCUGAAGAUUCAGCUGCAGCGGUCCAGACCUCCAGACCGCAAGCCAGAGGACACGGACGUGCACCUGGGUCCAGUUAUUGCUCCCGUUGGUCAGGACGUGCAGACGGACUGA